GUGUGGGAUAGAGAGAGGGUGUGUGUGUCUGUGUGUGUGUGAGGAACACUGUGCUUCUCAAACUGAAAGUGUGUGUUAUCAUCAGGAGAAGAAGAAGAGGUCGUGAUGAAGCUGCUCCUCCUCCUCCUCCUCCUCCUCCAGAUGUGCAGCUGUGCAGAAAGCAGGUGUUUCUGUCAGGUCACGGGCGACUUGGACGACUGCGCCUGUGACGUGGAGACGAUCGACGGCUUCAACAACGAGCAGCUUUUCCCCAAACUCCAAACACUUCUGGAGUCUGACUAUUUCAGGUUCUACAAGGUGAACCUGGACAAGCCGUGUCCGUUCUGGACGGCAAGCGCUCACUGUGGCCUGAGGGACUGUGCUGUGAAGGCCUGUGCUCCCAAUGAAGUUCCAGAGGGAAUCAGAUCUUCAUCACACAACAAGUACUCAGCAGAAGCAGAAGCAGAAGAGCAGCUGGAUGAGUGUGAGAAGACUCAGCAUCUCGGAGCUGUGGACGUUUCCUUGAGUGCCGAGACCCGAGAGGCUCUGCUGGACUGGAGCAAACACGACGACGAGGCCGAGCGCUUCUGUGUGACCGACGACGAGGAAUCUCCCGACUCCCAGUACGUGGACCUGCUGCUGAACCCUGAACGCUUCACGAGCUACAGAGGACCUGAGGUGUGGAGGAUCUGGAACAGCAUCUACGAAGAGAACUGCUUCAAGCCGUUCACUGUCCGACGACCUCUCGUUCCCGACUCCUUCCACAGCAGCUCAGGAGGCGAAGCGAGGACGUUCUACCGCUGGCUGGAAGGUCAGUGUGUGGAGAAGAGAGCUUUCUACCGCCUCAUCUCCGGCCUGCACGCCAGCAUCAACAUCCACCUGAGCGCCAGGUACCUGCUGGACGACAGCUGGUUUCAGAGGAAGUGGGGUCACAACGUGUCGGAGUACCGGCAGCGGUUCGACUCGGAGCUGACGGCCGGCGAGGGGCCGAAGAGGCUCCGCAACCUCUACUUCCUGUUCCUGAUCGAGCUGCGGGCGCUGGCCAAGGCGCUGCCCGUCUUCCAGCAGCCGGCGUUCCAGCUCUACACCGGCCGAGCCGACGAGGACCGGAGACACAAAGAGCUGCUGCUGCAAGUCGCACAACUGGCCAGAUCGUUCCCUCUGCACUUUAAUGAGACUUCUCUGUUUGCCGGUGACGAGAAGGAAGCAGCCAAACUGAAGGAGGACAUCAGACUGGCCUUCCUCAACAUCUCCAGGAUCAUGGAUUGUGUCGGCUGCUUCAAAUGUCGACUGUGGGGGAAACUGCAGACUCAGGGAUUAGGCACAGCGCUGAAGAUUCUGUUUUCAGAGCGACAGAUUGAAGCUCUGCCCGCGGCGGCGAGCCAGCGCCGACCCAGUUUCCAGCUCAGCCGCCAGGAGGUCGUCUCUCUGCUCAACGCCUUCGGAAGGAUUUCCACAAGCAUCCGAGAGCUGAAGAACUUCAGGACGCUUUUAUCCGAGGAGCGGUGACGGCUUCAGGAGGCGUCUUCGUCCACCGGUUCCUCUGACGGGGUCGAUUGUGUCUUCAGAGCUGACCGGCGUGCCCUCGAGUCCCUGAACACAUCACAGCUGCCUCAGUACGGACGAAACACCGGCUUGUUUUUUUACCUAAAAGCAAAACAAAAAAUGGCCUCAGUGAAGAAAAAAACUAUUUCUAUUAAACUUAUUUUGACUUAAAUGUAACAGAGUAAAUCUGAUAUUUUUAUUUAUAAUCACAGCGUAAACAUCGACGCUGUGGAAUCAUAUUCUCUUUAUUAUUAUUCCUGAUGCGCCUCCAUCUUGCAGCAGAAUUAAUAAUUAUUGCCCACUUUGCUUUCUUUCCUUUCUAAAAUAACGACGGGUACCUUGAAAUGCACUGUAGAAAUCUAAAUUGUCAUUAUUAUUAUUAUUAGGGUUAGAACUUUUUUACUCAGAAUUUACUUCUGAAGUUUCAAUUUUACACGUUUGAUGAAUACCACUGAUAAGAGAUUGAAAAGUGUAAAUUAUCGUUUAGAUUUUCAACGUGUUUCUUUGUUUCUUUAUAUUUAUUCUUUAACUGAGAUCAUCUCUGUUCAGGUUCCUGUGUUUCUGCUUUACCUGAUCACACGUUUCCCAGUGGCCUGUUGUUGUGAUUAUGCUGCUGCCCUGAGGAUGGCGCUGUUUGUAUAGAAAAAUGAUUUCCACACUUCAACUUGCAGAUAAAAGCAAAAUCAAUCUGCUCUGAUGAUAUUAAGUUUGUGUUUGAACAUUAAUUCUGAAUAAUGAUGAGAUUUGUUGGGAAAUUGUGUAAAUGUAAUGAGCAGAUCUGUAAAGUUCAGAAAUAACAAUAAAUCUAAUUUAGAGUUUUGAAA